GUUCCGGCCGAGGGGACGGGCGACGGGCGGAAUGUGACCAUCAUCCAAAAUGGCGUCUUUGUAAACUCCGCCGACCGCUGUCUUCUUUGCAUGUUUUGGUCCCUGAUCCAUUGAUUUUACUAUUUUGAACAGUGAUGGGGUCCUCUGACGAUUCAGAUGCCUCUGUAGAUUCGGACUCUCCUGAAAUCGUUGAAGACAAACCAAGUGAUGCUGCCAAGUCUGAGUCUGAUGCCAGGAAGAAAAAGAAAAAACAUAAGCAUCACAAACACAAGAAGCACUCAUCCAAACAUGACAAAAAACAUAAAAAACACAAACGUCGGAAGAGUGAGAAUGGAGAAGAUAAAAAAGUACCUAAAGAACAAAAGCAGAUAACAAAUGGUGCUGGAACCAUUGAUAUAGACUCGCCUUCUAGCUCUGUUAGUGUGAAGGUUGACAAAGAUGCUGAUUCUGAUCUUGAAGUUAUUAUUGAAGAUGAAGUUGAUCUUGAUUUGGAUGAACUCAUGCGUCAGAAGGAGCUUCUUCAGGCUCGCCUUGGUGAAUGCCUAUUUGAGGAUAAAGCCAAAGAAGACCCGGAAGUAAUUAAUCUCGUUGAUGAGGACUCUGAUAAAGAUGAUGGUCUCAGAAAUGAUAGACGCAAGCGAAGGAUUAUUAGCAGUGGAAUGCAGGACAAGAAAACUAAAAUUACAACUUCAUCUGCUGCACCUGAAGAAAAAAGAAAAUCAUCUUCUGACCUAAAGGAACCAAGUAAAAGACCACGAGAAGAGGAAGGAGCAUUCCGAAAAGAUGUGAAAUCUGAAGAUAAAUCAAGGAAGGAAGAUUUAACUCGAGGAGAUAGCCGCUCUAGAAGAGCAGAUGACUCAAGACGCAAGGAGGAUGAAAUACGUAAGAGAGAUGAGAAGAAACGAUCAAGCCGCAGCCGUUCCCCUAUAGGUGGACGACAUCGCGCUCUGCCAGAUCGGGACCGGGAAAGAGAGCGAGAGCGAGAGCGGGAGCGGGAUCGUGACCGAGAAAGAGAGAGGGAACGAGAGCGCGAGAGGGAGAGAGAAAGGGAGCGGGACCGCAACAGGGAGAGGGACAGGAGGCUGGACAGGGACAGGGACCGGGAUCGCGAAAGGGACCGCGAACGGGAGAAAGGGCUGGACAGGGACCGGGACAGGGACCGAGAUAGGCGGUCGUGGAGGUCCAUGUCACCCCGGAGUAGGGAAAGGGACCGUCGUAGCCGGUAUUAUAGUGGCAGGUAUGGCAAGGACAAGCGUGAUAGAGAUGACAAGUUUAAAGGCAGUCUGUCAGAAGGUUUGAAGCAAGACAAAUCGUCUUCAGAGGAAGAAGAUGUCCCUGACAUUAAUAUUGAUGAAGAUGAAGAAGAUGAAGAGCAAAUCAUUGAGCGGAGAAGGAAACAACGGGAGGAGUUGCUAAAGAGGCUAGGAGCUGGUAGUGAAGAUUCCAAUUUAUCCACCUCAAACUUAAAUGCGUCAGAUUCUGGCAGUCCUGCGACAAGACCAGGUUCUGUUGAGCUUAUACAUAUUAGUCAAAAUACAAUAAUUGAAGAAAAGGACACAUCACCGGAGGAUGAACCAAAGUUAAAGAAAAAGUCAAGAUUUGAUCAAGAACCUGAUGAGCAGGCGUCUCAGAAGGAAAGUAAAGAAGAUAAAAAGCUGGGAAAGAAGAAUGAUUGGGACAUGUUUGCAGAAGCAGAUAAUUUUGCGGCUGUUAAUAGCCCUAGUGCUCUAGAAAAACACGGCAGAGUUCCUGAAAACCCGAGUCUAACAGAUAACUGGGAUGAUGCUGAAGGCUAUUAUAGAGUAAGAAUUGGCGAAGUUUUGGAUGGCCGUUACAAUGUUUAUGGAUACACCGGUCAAGGUGUAUUUUCAAAUGUAGUCAGAGCUCGAGAUGGUGCUCGUGGCAAUCAAGACGUGGCAGUUAAGAUCAUCCGCAACAAUGAAAUAAUGCACAAGACUGGUCUUAAAGAGCUUGAGGUUUUAAAACGAUUGAAUGAUGCUGACCCUGAUGAUCGAUGCCAUUGCCUUCGUCUCUUCAGACAUUUCUUCCACAAGCAGCAUUUAUGUAUGGUUUUUGAGCCGCUAAGUAUGAACCUGAGAGAGGUCCUUAAAAAGUAUGGUAAAGACGUUGGUCUUCAUGUCAAAGCGGUGCGGUCUUAUAGCCAGCAGCUCUUUCUGGCACUGAAACUAUUGAAGAAGGCUAAUAUACUCCAUGCCGAUAUUAAGCCAGACAAUAUUCUUGUCAAUGAGAGCAAGCUAGUGUUGAAGCUUUGUGAUUUUGGUUCAGCAUCUCAUGUUGCCGAUAAUGAAAUCACACCUUAUCUUGUCAGUCGAUUUUACCGUGCUCCCGAAAUUAUUUUAGGCAUCCCAUAUGAUUUUGGCAUAGAUAUGUGGUCAGCCGGUUGUACUAUAUAUGAACUUUACACUGGGAAGAUCAUGUUCUCUGGGAAAACUAACAACCAGAUGCUCAAAUUUUUCAUGGAUCUAAAGGGUAAAAUGCCUAAUAAAAUUAUAAGGAAAGGUGCAUUUAGGGACCAACACUUUGAUGCUAAUUGCAAUUUCCUAUACCAUGAAGUUGACAAAGUAACAGAGCGGGAGAAGGUUGUGGUGCUUAGCACAUUAAAUCCAAGCAGGGACUUGCAUUCAGAACUUGUAGGAAAUCAAAACUUGCCAGAAGAUCAGUCAAGAAAAGUAAUGCAGCUGAAGGACCUCCUGGACAAGAUAUGCAUGUUGGAUUCGAGUAAGCGACCAGCCAUCAAUCAAGCUCUUCUACAUCCAUUCAUUCAAGAGAAGAUUUAGAGCUUUUAAUUCUAGAGUCAUACUUUAUGUUUCAUUUAAAUCAUUAUUAAAUUGUUACAUGAACUGAAUUUUUGUACAGCUUUUACAUUACAAAGGCGUGGCAGACUGUUACUUUUGUUUCUCGACUUCAUCCUGUAUUUUGCAUGUCACAAGUUUAGACAGGUCCUCAAAUUUUUUAAAAGAAGGUUGGGCAGGGGGAUUGUCAUGUACAUCUUUUAAUUUAACUGAUAUAUUACUUUUGCCUUUCUUGUAUCCGACUCUCCCUUCUUUGCUGCCUGUUUUGAGGUACAGCACUUCUCAUUCAGUUCCGUUCGCUUUUGUUCAUGCAUCAUAAUCUGUGAUGUUUUUAUGUAUCUAUUUUUCCCUCAGAUUCACACCUUAAUAUUCUAGUCGGUGUUCCCCUCCUCUUUCUCUCCCUUCCCCCCUUUGUGUUCCAUUAGUGCACUUUGUUUAUUUUGAAUUUCAACAUUUUCUCAAAUUGACAGAUUGUACUAAUUGGGAAAAUGAUGAAUCUCUAGUGUUUGAUAAUAGUAGAUUGCAUCAUUUGAAUUUUGAUUGCUGUUGUUGCCUAUCAAUAGAAACACCAUCGUUGAUUGUUUUUGGUCAUACUGUCUUUACUGGGAAAUUAAUUUUAUAAGUAACCUAGUUCAAGCGUUGCCCUUGUUAAAUGAAAUUUUAUUGCAGAACUUUAUAAUUUUGUCAUAUUACUGUUCGUCUAUGAAAAAAUUAUUUCAUUUACCAGAUAUGUUAAUUUUACUGUAUCUCUGUUCAUAAAUCUUUUUUUUGUAUUUACACAUGCACUAAUAAGACGAACUCAUAGUAGUGCAUGUGUGUAAA